AUGGACAGGGAGUCUAUUCCUUAUCGCGUGCGUUUUCUCAGGACGCCCGCUGUGAGUUCAGAAGGAGUGAGCAGGUGGCUGUGCAGAAGUCUGAAUGUGCCCUGCGAUAAAGGUCCCGAGGGGAAGUAUGACUUUGACAGCAUGGUUGAGAAAAACAGACCUGAAUUCUCCAAAUUUAAUCCUGUAGCCCAGCCUCCGGAUGAAAAUGCACCUCUGGCACCUUUGCGUGACGACAUGCCCCUUAUAGAUCCGUGUUCUGGUCAGCUGAGUGCGGCGGCACAGGUGCAUCUGGGCUCAAAGAUUAGAACACCAUUCACGGAUAGAGUUUACCCUCCGUCCGAUCUGUGGGUUCCGCCUGGGGUGAGAGAGAGACCUCAGACCCCUCCAAUGAGACCUUCAUCUCUUCUUUAUCAUGAGUCUGAUCACAACAGGUGGAAUUCUAGGCUGAAACUCGGAGGGUGGGCAAGUGUGCCCACCAUUCCGGGCAGCAUUGAAAUAAAUACGGAUGCCUGUCUGUCUGCUCUACCUGAUAGUAUAGAGAAGGCAGCGCGACAUUUCAUCUACACUUCCGCAGCCCAAAGAGGUUAUGAGGACGUGGACUGGGACUCAAAGUUACCCCCUCGUCACAAACCUCCCACGACUACUCUGGAGAAAAUGGCCGACCGUGUGAGUCAACAUUCUGUGCUGAAGAGAUAUCACAGUAGACCUGAGCUCUGGCAGGCCAUUGGAUCCCAUUGGACCAAACAACAGUUGCGUUCCACAUUUUACCCUAGGAAACCCAUAAGCUUCUGCAGCCCAUCUCCAAAAUCAGGCCAAAUACCAUUAUACUGUGGAACAGUUGGCUCGGAGAACAUGGAUAGUGUGGACAUCACAGAUGAAGACUUUAUACCCCUGACACUUCUGCGGACCACAGUGCCUCCACAAACACCUACAAGCUACCGAAAUACUAUACCUGGUUACACCGGAAAAGCCCGGUUUGACAGACCCCAGACCUCAGCUGUCAGUCUUCCUUAUGUACCGUAUACUGCACAGACAGCAGGGAGCAGUCCUGGUACCCUGAACUCCCCGGUCUAUGGACAUAAAGCCCCUUUUUCAAGAAUGGUCACCACCGUUCCCCCGGGAAACCCUUACAUUCAUCCUCAAGACCCAAAACGUUCCAUUAAAUAUCUGUAAGGCACUGCAUGUAUA